UUGCAACCAAAACACCCCGCCCACACCACGUUGUGCAACAGAACAGAAAACAUUCUCUUGGGAUUCCAAAUGAUCUCGUAGGAUUUGUUUUUAAAAUGAGAGUGAUCGUGUUAGGAAUUAACUUAGAUACGUCAGAAAAUUCUUUCAGAACACAUGGAUGUCGAUAGAAAAUCUAAAGUACUUGAAACUUGAUGGGAAAUAGGACAUUUACAACACGUGUUGGAACUAAACAAAGAAAGGUCAUAUCAACAAAAACAGCGAUCGUCCGAAGGGCGUGACCUGAGUUUUUCUGCUUAAGAUUUGGUUUUAACUCUAAUAUUUUAGAACAAUGACUUCAGAACAAAGUGACACGGUGGAUAUGGAGGUGAAUUUAGCUGCAGAAUGCUUGGUUGCCAUGUCAAAAUCGUUCAGUUUCGAAAGUAGGUCAACAGCUGAUCGGACAAUGGCGGAAAACGUUACCAAGACAGAUGUUGAUAAUACAUUCACACUGGCCAGAAUUUUGACAGAUUUGAAAAGAGAAAAGCAGGAACUUAUUCAUGAUGAUCAUAGUGAUUAUCCCGCAGUAGAUUUGCGGACUGACACUAAUAUAGUUGACUUGAGAUUAACAAAAACUAAAACGGUAAAGAAAUCGCGAAAACAGAGGGCAAAAGCCACGCCCACUUUCGAAUGUGUAACUCGAGAGAGAUUCGAGGAAGGUUUAUAUGAUGGUCAGGGAAAGAAAAUGCAUAAGUGCCAUUACAAAGGGUGUCAGAAAGUUUAUGGGAAGAGUUCUCAUCUUAAAGCUCACUUAAGAACACAUACUGGAGAGCGUCCAUUUCCUUGUCCGUGGCCAUCAUGUGGAAAACGUUUUGCAAGAUCUGAUGAGUUAGCUCGACAUAUACGAACACACACUGGUGAGAAAAAAUUCCAGUGCCCGCUCUGUGAUAAACGUUUCAUGAGGAGUGAUCAUCUCAACAAGCAUGCACGGCGACAUCCCGAAUUUAGACCAGAAAUGUUAAAACGUGGACGUCACGGCUCAGGGAACAGCUCCUCCGGUCUCGGAGACAGCAAAUUUUGGACGUCGCUUGAACAGGAACGGGAGAGACAUGGUUCAGGGAACAGCAUGUUGAGUUUGGGCAGCACAGGAACGCGGUCUUUGACUCCACAGUUUGAGCUGGGUAGUGAUGGGAUAUCGGAUCGGUCAAGCCCAACAACGUCUCCUUGAUGGGACUAAACUGUUAACUGUCACAGCAGAGUAACAUGAAAUCAAAUUUUUAUUUUUAUUUUGUUUUAGAAGAUAUUGGAACAGUUUUUGAUUUAUUUUAGGGUAACUGUUGACAUAACAAGUUAAUAUCUCAAAACUGUCACAGAGAUUUACGUAUGAAGUAACAUUUUUUAUUAGGUACAAUACAAUUCAUGAAACAAGUAUUUAUGUAAUAAGUAAAGUACAUCUACUUGACUGAGAAAUUACAUAUUUACUAUUUUCAAAGUUAAGUAAUUAGUCAGAGCUGAAGUAAAAUGCUUUUCAAGAGGUUCUUUUAUGCUGUAACACUUGUGACAACUAUUAAGCAGUAUUGUUACAGAGUGAGUCUACAAAAGUAACAUUCUGAUGUCAUUUUGAACUUCCAAGAUGAGAUAACUCUUUCAUACAUGUUCUUUAAGCUAUCAUAAUUUAGGUGUUGCAUCCCUUUGCUGAGUAAAGAAAAAACAACACUGAUACUAUUAUAGACAAGGACAUAAACAGACAAGGACAUAGAUAGAUAAAGGAAUUAAUUUCAGUUCAGUUAUGUAUCCAUAUAUAUAAGAAUUCAUUGAUUAAGUAUCAGCUGUUGAUGGUGUAAGAUUAUAUUACAGUUUGUAUUUGUCUGUAUAGACAAAACUGCUGUCGUGAGUUACAACACUUAAGAUUGUGGUUUUUUACAAGGAUUAUUUUAAAGGGACAAUUCUCCUUACCUUUUUCCUUCAAAAUUCAGAAAGUACAUUGUUGUUAUUAUACACUAGUAUCUGGAGAUUUGUUCAUUUAGAAAUGAUAUACCUUAACCGCCUUUAAGUCCAAAUCAGAUUAAAGUAAAUGAGCCGCGCCAUGGGAAACAAACAUAGUGGCUUUGUGACCAGCAUGGAUCCAGACCAGCCUGCGCGUCCGCACAGUCUGGUCAGGAUCCAUGCUGUUCGUUAACGGUUUCUAUAAUUGUAAUAGGCUUUGAAAGCGAACAGCAUGGAUCCAUGCUGGUCGCAAAGCCACUAUGUUGGUUUUCUAAUGGCACGGCUCAAAUGUGGGCUAAAAAUUAAAUUUGUGUCAAAGUUGUGUGUUCAGACAUUAUCUUUAAAGUUGUUUGAUGCAGGGUCGGAAGAAUUAGUUUUACUUUUAAAAAGUAUUUGAUAGAGUUUUGUUUUCACUUAUUAUUUGAUGUGUUAAAUUAAUUCUUAAUUAAGGCAGUUUAGCAUGUUCAGUAUGAAAAACAAUUCUUCAAUGAAGAAUUUUAUUCAACUUUUAAAAGCUUCAGGACAUGCUAAGAAAAUUUGGCAAGUAAAAAGAUAAAGACAUGUACUAGAUUUUUUGCUAGAUUAAUUUGAAAAAAAAAAUGGACCUAAAGAAAGUUUUUAUAAUGGGAAUUACAGCAAAAUGACAUUCACUUAUAGGCUAUCAAGCUUUCAGUGUUGCCGUCAACAUCACAUCUUGGUUAAAGUUUUGCAUGCAAGUUCAUAUCCCAGCAAACAUUGCAUGUAUUGGGUAGAAACUUCACGCAAGGCUUCCUAGACAUCACACCUGCUAAAAUAUCCAAGUUAGAUGUCAGUUUGGUUAUAUUUAAUAGAAAUUAAGACCCUUUAUCGACGUAGAAAAGUUAGUUCAAGUUUGUCAUACAUCUAGCAAGCUGUUUCAGUAACACCUGUAUAUAUGAGGCGCGCCAUGAGAAAACCAACAUAGUGGCUUUGCGACCAGCAUGGAUCCAGACCAGCCUGCGCAUCCGCGCAGUCUGGUCAGGAUCCAUGCUGUUCGCUUUCAAAGCCUAUUGUAAUUAGAGAAACUGUUAGCGAACAGCAUGGAUCCUGACCAGGAUGCGCAGGCUGGUCUGGAUCCAUGCUGGUCGCAAAGCCACUAUGUUGGUGUUCUCAUGGCACGGCUCAUAUAUAUUACAGUAAUGGAAUGAACUUACACAGUGCUUCUCAGUCAUUAGCCUUACUGAAAUAACCAGUGAGAUAACUUUUUAAAAGAUGAAUUUUAAUGUUAGUACAAAUUAUGGUCCUUUCUCGACUAAUAUAUGGUAUAAGUAUAGCGUGCAACUAACUGUCGAGCUGUAUCUCAGGAAUACCAGUAUGUGCUAUAUGAAACAGCUUCUGAUAUCAGAGUUUCCAUUGACAACAGUGAUAUGUCUUUCAUAUUUAUCUUUUUUUCUACUGAGCUUUUAUGUCUUCAUUAAUGGAUUAGGUUGAAAUAUUGAAGCCAUGUAACAUGUUAAAAGGUUAGAGUUUGUUGAUGUAUUUGUGUGCUUAUAAACAUAUAUAAUACCUUCAUGUACAAUAUUGGACUGUUUCUUUUUUAGCUUUGCAUUAAUAUUUGUUUUGUUUUGUUUUGUUUUGUUUUGUUUGCCAUGUAAUCACUUUGUUUAUCUUUAUCUUCCGUAAUAUGUUAAUGAUCUCCAGGGUUGUAAAUAAUAAUCAUUCGCAUUAUUAUUUGUAAAAUAUUUCACUUUAAUCAUCGUCAUCAUCAUCAUCAUUUUUGUCUUCAUAAGUUUUAUUUUUUACCUGUAUUGAUAUUUUGUUGAUCAUCAUCUUUGUAUCGGAACAUCAAAAUUAUUUAAGGCAUAAUCAACAUCAAAAAUUAACAUCAUCAUCAGCAUCAUUAUCAUAAAUAAAAAGCAACAAUAGCAACUUUGAAAUGAUGCAAUAAUAAAUUUCCAAUUUUCAAAUCUUGUGGAAAGUUCGAUUUUCUUUCAGAACAGUAGGGAAAAAAUCUAACUUUUCUCCUGUCUUUUUAUUGACUGUUUAGUAUAUCAUGAAGUUUUACCACAGAUGUGCAGACUCAAUCAACAUUAAAAGCUGUGGUCAGGGAAUAUAACUAUAAAAAUGUAAAACAAUCGUCAUUACAUAUGUAGUAACAUGCCUUAACAUGACAAAAUGUUGUACAUAGUUCCAGUGUAUUUGUAUACACACUUUGAUAUACUAGUAGUUCCAUUAGAAGAGUUUAUGAAUUUUCCAUGUUAAGUGUGAAAUCGUUUUCAUUGGAUUCCGUUUUACCAUCUGUGAUCAUUUUGUAAAUAGAAACAUGAGAUUUUCCCAACGAAUGUAUUGUGCUACACUGUUAGAGCUCUGUGCUGUGCAGAAAGAAAGUAAACUGUAUUUCAUUAUAACAAAAAAGUUCUUUAUGUACGUCUUCUAGAUUUUGGUAAUUUAGAUCAAUUUCAGUCCCUCAUAGCCUCAAGCACUGUUUUAUCUCAAACAUUUCUAAUAAGUACAGAUCAAACUCUGUGCAGUCUCUCAUACAGUUGUCUUCUCUUGCCACCAGGGGAGAUAAUUAUUGACUGAACUUAUCAAAUUUUGUUAUAAACUGAUGUGUCAAAUUCAGAAAAUUUCUUUAUCAGCAGAAUGAAACUGGCCUUUGUAAACUCUGUUUUUGAAGUUAAAUACAUUAUCCAUUUUCCUUGUAUGUAGACAUUCCAAUAAUUUGUAGACAGACCCAUAUUUCUCUGUCAUUUCUUUCUGCAGAAAUACAUGCUUAGGUCUGAGCAUACUUGAUACAAUAUUUUUUUCAAGCCAGAAAAAAGUUGUUCAGAGGGCAAUUUAAUUUCCUGUAUACUAGUACUGUAAAGUCACUGUCUUUCGUGGACUGGCUUGAGUACAUCUACAACAGAACCUGUAUUUAUGUUCACCUGUAUUAAGCAAGAACUUGCUUUAAGCAGCCAGUCAGCAAAUUUCCCAAAUUAACAUUAGUAUAUGCCAGUUUUGGAAAACUAUAGUUUUGCAUUGACUGAUAAUAGGGGCAGUAAAAUUCAUUGUAAAUAGUUAUUUGCUGGGUGAUAUUAUUUCCCACUAUGUUAACUGAUAGUUCAAAUAAAUUCUAAGCUCAUGAUUUAACAUUUCUUGACUUUAUUGCUAUGUCUUUGCGAAGGAUCUUGAACACUUUGAUUUUAAAAAAAUGAACAUAUUUUGAUCCACUUUGCAGAUCUCUAGUUUUAAGUUCUACUGCCAUCUGCCUUUAGUAGUCACAUUGUCUCACAGUCUUGGCUGGUUGAUUUAUGAUGUUGAUUGUUAACUUUUAACCCUUGCCGGGCUAAAUUUCUGUAAUGAACUUGUCCAUCUUUCAUUGUGGGCAGUAUCAUUAACUGUUACAUUAGGUGCUUAGCAAAAUGAUACUGACUGACUUGUGAACAGUGUAGAUCAUGAUCAGACUGCACUGAUGUGUAGGCUGAUCAUAAUCUACACUGGUCGCAAAGGCAGCAUCAAUUAUGUCCAGCAUGAUAAGGGUUAGGGCAAGUGAUUUUGCCUUUGCAACUAGUGCAGACCAAGAUCAGCCUGCACAUCCGUUUUCAUUGAACACCCCUUAGAAUAAUAACUGGUACUACCCUAUUUGAAUGAUGGACCAGUCCAUUUUAGGAAUCUAGCAGGGUAAAGGUAAAGAUAAUUUUAGACUUUUUUGGAAGGUACGCUGCAUACAGUUUAUCUACGUGAUAUGACUACGGUCAAACUUUGUUUAUGCAACAGAAAUAGACUUUUGGUUAAAAAAAUUAUGAUUUAAAGGUAUUUAAACUGUCCUGAUAAUCUUUAGCAUUAGUGAUUGCCAUAUUUGAAUUACUGUAUGUGUAGCACAGGGAUUUUACAUUAAACUGUGAUGUGCUAAUAAACCAUUGGGCUUCUCGUUCACUUACAGACAUACAUAACAUCAUGUAAAAAUACAUUUUGUUAGCCAUAUGUUGCCUUAAUAUAUAUAUACAUUAUAUUAUGUUUUCUCUAUAUUUGUUGAUUUUAAAAAUGUUUUAUCUAAGAUAGUAGACCUUGUAAAUGAAUAAAAACUUUUCAUUGUCAUCAACUUACAGUUUGGAAGAAUCAUUGUAUAUUUUACAUGUUAAAAUGUGUUCUGAUUAACCUAUGAAUUGCCACCUGCUACAGAGUUUUCCUUAUAUAUCAUCAUUAUACAUUUCAUCUGUAUAAAUUUCAUUUUUAUCAUUGAAUAAUGAGUUUGAGACUUGGCAAGACCAGUUUCUUACAAGUGUAUUUUGUCAAAAAAUAAUAACUUAGAAAGUAAUACUGGAUAUUUUAUGAACCAAAAAAUAAAUGUGAAGUUUGAA